AUGGCUCCUUCUCAGUGUUUCAACUGCCAAAAGGCUAGGGCUGUCAUUAUCCGCCCCAAAAACAGGCACAAGCUAUGCCGCGAAUGCUUCCUCCAGAAAUUCGAAACCGAAGUACACGAAACGAUCACCUCAAAUUCUCUAUUCUACCCCGGCGAGCGAAUCGCCAUCGGCGCCAGCGGUGGAAAAGACAGUACGGUGCUGGCCUCGGUUCUGAAGACACUUAACGAGCGAUACAACUACCAACUCGAUUUAUGCCUUCUUUCGAUUGACGAGGGAAUCAAGGGUUACCGCGAUGACAGUCUCGAGACCGUCAAGCGCAAUGCAGUUCAGUACGAAAUGGAUCUGGUUAUAGUCGGGUAUGGCGAACUUUAUGGAUGGACGAUGGACCAAGUGGUGGAACAAAUAGGCAAGAAGGGGAACUGCACGUACUGCGGUGUAUUCCGACGGCAGGCGCUCGAUCGGGGUGCGCAGCGGUUGGGUAUCAAUCAUGUUGUGACGGGACAUAAUGCGGACGAUGUAGCUGAGACCGUGAUGAUGAACUUGUUGCGAGGGGAUCUUCCCCGUCUUUCGCGGGGAACGAGCAUUGUGACGGGCUCUGCGGCAUCCGAUAUCAAGCGCAGUAAGCCGCUAAAGUACGCAUAUGAGAAAGAAAUUGUUCUCUAUGCGCACCAUAAACAGCUGGAUUAUUUUAGCACAGAGUGCAUCUACUCGCCAGAGGCAUUUCGGGGAAGUGCGCGCACGUUGAUUAAGGAUCUAGAGAAGAUCCGGCCAAGCUCGAUCCUGGAUAUCGUGAGGAGUGGUGAGGAGAUGGCUAUCCUUGUGCCUAUAUCAGAUGGGGGUCAAGGGCCUUCCUCUGCGGCAGCUGAGGAUGAGUCUGCAGUCGGUGGCUGCGGCAGUCAAAACGGGAGGACACGGGGUGGCGAGAUGGCAGAGAUGGAGAGGACGUUGGCACAAAACGAAGCCGCUGUGGCGUUGGAGACAGAGAUCAAGGUGCCUCAACAACCGAGCACGGCAGUUCCACUUCCCAAGAAAGGGACGAAGAAUCCCAAGAAGCCACAAAAGAAGGCUGCUGUCAAAAGUCAAGUGCUGGGCAAGUGUGAGCGAUGCGGGUACAUCUCGAGUCAGCGAAUGUGCCAUGCAUGCACACUCCUUGAGGGCCUGAACAAGAACAGGCCCAGGACAGCUAUCGAAAUGGAACUCGAUGCAGAGGAAGAGGAGAGUAGCACAACGCUACGGAGGCAAAUGGAGCAAGUUCAGUUGACGGGAUGA